UGACCAAAAACAACCACAGAAAGAGAAGAAGAUCAGUGUGAGUGUGUGUAGAUGUGUGUGUGAUUGUGGGAGCUGGGGGUUGUGUAAAAUGAGCUCUCCGGGAGAAAGGUGUACAGGGAGGAAGCGCUCCGCGUCUCCAGAUGAUGAAGCCGGAUCCACGCAGUGGGAAUCGGCGGACCUGGGGACGGAUGAGAGGAAGCAGAAGUUUCUAAGGUUGAUGGGAGCAGGAAAGAAAGAACACACUGGACGACUUGUUAUUGGAGAUCACAAAUCAACAUCCAAAUUCCGUACAGGUGCAGAAGAUCAGAGGAUGAACUCUGAGCUGGAGCAUCAGUACCAACAAGGUUUAGAUGGUAAAAUCUCUGGCCGUAAUAGGAGACACUGUGGGCUGGGAUUCAGUGAGCCCGAUCCACAAUCUGAGAAUCAGAGCACAGUCCAACCAGGAACAUCAGACAGCCCCGACAAGACCGCCAAGACACAGGAACAGGAGGAGCAAGAUCAAGACAAGCAGGAAAGGAGACAUUCACCCAGCAAAGACCAAGAAGAACAGGGACAAUCAACAAACACGGACUCAAAGGAGGAGAGGAAAAAAACGUUCAAAAAUGCAUUUGUAAAGGCUUCCUAAUAUGGAAAGAAAAUGACUUUUAAAAAUCAGUUGAUUUGUUCUGGUCACUCCCUACAAAUCUUCUCCAGUUCUUGACCGAGUUUAAUUUUUUACCCAAUAUGUGAUUUCAGUCAUUUUUGCUUGUGCCAGCAGUUUGGGUCUUUUUAGGUGGUAAAAAGAGGCUGCCUAAUUUGUUUUCUAUGUCUAGACAUUCAAUAUAAAUAAAGUUGGUCUUUACACAUAAAAGGCAUAAAGAUUAUGCAGCUAAUUUGCACUAUUUGUGUUUAGUACACACAGGCUUAUCAUCAUUUAGUGUUCCAGUGGUACUCUAAACUUAACGUGGCUCUGAUGUAUAAUGUAGCCAGACCAGCAAUGGAAGAAAAGAGCACAUGGAAUAUUCUGUAUACCUCUAAGCAUUUUUAUUCUGAAUUGCUGUAAAAACAAAAAACACUUGCACUGUAAUGUAUAUACAUUUUCUUUAAUUAUCUUAAUUGUACAUAGACAGUGUUUGGUAACUUCAAAACCAAUUAUCACAAAAGCUACCACAGUAGUGAGACAUUACUUUCAUUUCAAGGCAAUUGUAGGACAAAAUAUAAUAUUUAAAUGAAGACAAAGGAAAUUACAUAAUUAAAUCAGCACAUUCCAUCAGAAAUGAUUUUAUAGGAGUAUCUGAAUCAGUGAGUAGAGAGAUGAUGAGCGAGAGCAGUACACAUUAAAACACUGAAGCAGUUAUGUCGUGCUCUUUGGUGUGUAGAGAUGCUGAUUCGGCCAGUUUGAUGUUGAUUUUAGAUUGAGGUGGCUAAAGAUAAUUUAAAGGGAGUGUAUGGUGUACAUUGUUUUAGGUCUGAGACAAUGGCUCUUAAACUGAGUGGAUCUUAAUCUUGCUGUAUCCACAGAACAUGCAGGUAUGAAAAUCAUGUAAUGACCUGGAACAAACACCACACCUCUGUUCAAAAUGAUUCAUUUAUUAACUCCUUCACUGUUUAACUGAUUAUGGAACGACCAAACACACUCUCUGCACUCUGAGGAGGUCAGACACAACACCACAGCACUGCAUUAUAAUAUACACUGGAUAUUAAAGCAUACGUUGUCUGUACAGUA